UUUUCGGUGUUAUUUAGAUACACCCUGUAUAUACCCAAGAGAUGGGAAUAUGGCGUUGGAUUGGUUCACCUCUCCUCGGUGAAGAUUUCCUGCGUAACACCUCAAUUCAUCCUUUUGCUUGUCGCAACCUGCCAUUUUGACCCGUCAGGCAUAUGGGCCUGGGAAUUGGUUAUGGAUUUGGAAUCGAGGUGUUGUUAUUAGUAGGUGGAGAACCAACCCUUUAUACCAUUGAGGAACCAUUCUAGUACUAUCCGUUCUCUCAUCCACGUGCUCAGCCACAUGAAAAUAGAAAUAAUUAACCCAGAAUUAGUGCAUAUUGUAGGAAAUUUAUUUGAUAACCCGAAUGAAAUGGCACCGUUACGAAAAAAAUUACUAUAUACUAUCUGGGUGUUAAGCAAGCAAGAAAGUUUUCUUGCAACUGGCGAUAGAUUUAAUCUUGCUGUAAGCACAGGCCAAGCUAUUUUUAAACAAAUUAUUAUGGCUUUAGCUAGUUUGAUGCCACAGUUGGUGAUCUGGCCUGAAGAAAACUCAUAUGAAGCUUUAUCUGCUAUUUUUCAGAAUAAGACACAUGGAUUUUCUGGGAUACUUUGUGCCAUUGACGGAUGUCAUAUUCCCUGCAAACAACCAAUUGCAAAUAAAGUAGAUUAUUAUAACAGGAAAGGAUUCCAUUCUAUUAUUUUACAAGGUACAUGUGACCAUAGGGGUAGAUUUAUAGAUAUAUAUAAUAUAUUGGUAGUCCUGGAAGGAUGCAUGAUGCAAGAGUUUUUAGAAAUAGCCCUUUGUUUGAACCUAUUACAGAGAGGAAUUUAAUUCCAUCUCAUUAACACCUACUAGGUGAUGCAGCAUAUCCUUUAAAAGUAAAUGUUAUGACUCCUUUUAGAGACACAGGUCAUUUAACACCAGCUCAAACAAAUUUUAACAUUAAAUUGAGUUCUGGUAGAUCAAUUAUUGAACGGGCAUUUGGACACUUGAAGGGAAGGUUCAGGAGAUUAAAGUACCUCAAUAUAAGUGAUUUGGAGCUGGGCAAAAAUAUGAUAGCAGCUGCUUGUGUGGUACACAAUUUUAUUUUAAAUCAAAAUUAUGGAGGCAUGGAAGAUGAUAUGGAGAGAGAAAAUGUAGAUGCUAUGGAAAACUUUGUACACGAUCAACAAGGUGAAGAACCUGCUUACGUAGAAAUGGCUGCAGUUGAAAAACGCAAUAGGAUUAUUACUUUAUUAUAACAAAAUAUGUAUUUACAUUAAUA